UUUUGUUUCUUUAUGCUCUUCUCUGUGCACCUUGGUGGUAGGUGAAUCUCUGUUCUGGUGCGCUUUUUUGUAAGAUUUUGGUGCUUUAUAGAUCUGCUACAUGCGUUUGUGAUUUUUCCAUGUCACAGAUCUUACUUAUGACUUAGGAAAAAAAGCAUUUGCUCAAGGCUGUGUGAGCUAAUUGUCGCAUUCUCUGUACUCUAAGAGGCUUUCAGUAGAAUUCAGCUAUAAAGAAGAAACACUGUGUUACUACACAGACCUCUUUUUCAGAGGAUUGCAGUAUUCCUUCACCAGAGUUGUUGUUGGGGUUACUUUGUGUUUCCCACCGUGCUGAGCAUGAAGGUAGACAACAGGGUCACGUUUUGUCCAUUCUUCUCUCAGAGUGGAUGGCUUCCUGUUGAUACUCUGUCUUAAUAGGAGGUCUAUUCAACAAAGAACAAUUACAGCUGCAUGACAUUUUCAGUAUUCCUUUUUUAGCAUUAGUAUGAAGCAUGUUCUUUGUUUUGUGGCCGAGCUACGUGGCUUGCUGGCAAGCUGAGGAGUGUUAUUACCCGAUUUAAAAUUAAACAAUGAUUCUUUUCCUCCUGGUUCUUGAGUCAGCGUGGGAGAAAAAUUCAAAGCUAGCUUUAUUCCUCUUUAUAAUCCCUCAUCUGAGGGGAGUUAGAGGUAUUUUUAGCUUGAGUCCUGCAGUAUUUUCAGUUUGUAUGAGUCUUUGCACAAAUUCAGAACACAGCAGGCAUGGCAACCUUAAUGUAUGAGGAUAUUUCUUCAAGCUUUUAUUAAAACAAACAAAUAUAUAAUCUAUCAGUAGACAAUAUAAAAAUGUUUUAGGCCCCUUCCCCCUCAUUUACCAGGUGUUUGUGUAUUUACGUCCCCAGCUGAUAUGUAGGACAUCAGCAUGACAAUAGAGUAUUGAUAGAGCGAGGAUGAGUCACUGAUUGAGUGAGGCCUUUGGGGGUUACAUACUCACAGGCAAUGUUGACAGACCUGUUGCACUUGAGAAACUUGAGAAACUUUCACUUUAUGUUCCUCGUACUCUGUUGUGCGCACAUACAGCACACACAUCAUAUCCUGUGGUCAUGUUACAGUCAUUCUUUUUCUGAUGUUUACUCGUGCCCAAGUAUGCAGUUGAACGGAAUGCGUCUUUCUUCUACAUAUAAGGUAUGAUUUGAUGCAACCUACUGCAUCAUUAGCUGUCUGACCGCACGUUUGUGAAAUUUGUCAACACUUUACAGCUUUUUUUCUUUCUUUUUUUUAAAAAAGGGGGGAAAAACUCAUCAUUAGAAACAUUUGAUUUAAUUAUUUCUGGUCACAUACAUUCAUAUGCUUCAUCUGGCCAUCUAAGAAUCCUUGAUUAAUGAGCUUAACAAAUGUUGUCAGGCUUAUGCUCAAAGGUCAGUAAAGUGUCUGAAGUGCUAUAAACAUGUGAUACAACAUAAAACAAGUAAGCUUUUGCUCAAGGGUUCAUUGUUUCUGUCCACUUAGACUACUACUGUCCUAAAACAAUGACUGUUUUGUGGUUCUGGGUAAGCAUUUUAGCCAGGUUUUGAAAUGUGACAGGUCAUAGAUGUCAGUUUGAACCAGCAGGGAAGAAGAUGGCAGUCAGGCAUAUAAGACAGGGCGCGUCACCUCGGAGUAACAUGGGAGGGGACAGGUGUGAGUGAUGUCUAGAUGCUCACGGAAGUCGUCACUCCCUCUUGCAUUCCUGCUCGAGCCUAGAAACAUGCCACACAGCCUUGAGCCACACUAAAGACACUUCCUGUCACCUUACAAGAAACUAGAGCUGCGGACAGAUUUGCUUCGCUCUCACACAGUGUUCAUCAACCGGGACUGGAUAAAGCUAGAUUUUGUGCAAGACUCUAAUUCCUGGAUUUCUUUAGCAGUGUGGAUAUGGGUGGUAGAGCAGAAGUAGUGGCGAGCAGGUUCAUGUCCAGCAUGCCCAGCACGCAUUUUUCACGCUCCACACCGAGCCGCUUAAGGCUCCGUCCACAGACUCCAUGGAAGGGCAAGCGCGUGAAGAUAUCCUUUCACAAGAUGAAAGCCAGAGAUCCCAGCCCCACCGAGAUGAGCGUGGAGCCUUGGGCCAGCCCGCAGGACCAGGCAGCCGCUGAACUCUCUCACAGCGAACACACGGACACGCCGCCCUCUCAGGAUCAGGAGCAGCGCCCUGAUAAACUCUGCCUGGACUCGUUCUGGAGUGAGGUUGAGAAUAUCCAACAGGGGAGUGGCUACGCAGACGACUGCAGCAGGAGAGAUUCGAAACACUCCGAAGAAGGAGAGCAGGAGGAGCAGUGGUUGGCCGAUGCUGGCUUGUCAACCCUCAUCAGUGAGGACACUGAGACAGUAGACAAAACUGCCCUGCUGUCCACGCUGACCAAGACGCAGGCUGAAGCCGUUAAGCGUCGAGUAGAGACCUACACGCUCCGCAAACGGAACAAGCCGCCACCGCGUGACGUUCGCGACAUAUUCAGCUCACAGACCCUCGAGUCUCAGCAUAGUGAAGACCCAGCCCAAAACAGCAUGGCAUCGGUAGCCAAGUCACCUUUAUCAGCUGUGACCCCAGAGCAUCAGCGAGGUACUCCCAAAGAUGAAUACUUCAUCACUGAUGUGGCUUAUUGCGAACAGGCCGUCAUCCUCAUCAAACAAGCCAAACUGCCACAGAAUAACAGCCAGCGCAGGAAGGAGGACGGCACCCUGCCCCGGGUCAUCUGCCCCAAGUGCCGUCUAGGAGUGACUCGUAUUCAAGAUCUCUCCCACGCUGACAUGAAGAAGGUGCGUCAGUUGGCUCUCAUCGACAUGACGGCGCUGUGCGACCUCCUAGAGCUGGAGGUCAAAAGGCACAAAACUGGCAAGAGGAAAAACCCAGAGAGCCCGCUCUUUGGAGUCCCACUGGCCACGCUACUGGAGAACGAUCAGAAACUGAAGCCCAGCACUUCGAUUCCUCUCUUGCUGCAGGAAUUGUUGUCAUUUCUGGAGAAAAAGGGAAUCGAUUCGGAGGGGAUCCUGCGUGUUCCAGGAUCUCAGUCCAGAAUCAAGCUGCUGCAGCAGAACUUGGAGGCCAACUUCUACUCACGGCAUGUCAGAUGGGAUGAAGUGAGUCCGAACGACGCCGCUGCACUGCUCAAGAAGUUCAUCCGGGAGCUGCCCGCUCCUCUGCUCACCGCGGAGUACCUCAACAACUUUAGCGCCGUCAGGGAAAUCACAGAGCUGAAACAGAAACUCCACAUGCUGAACCUGCUCAUCCUGCUGCUGCCCGAGCCCAACAGAAACACACUAAAGGCUCUGCUGGAGUUCCUCAGUAAGGUGGUCUCCAAGGAAAAGAAGAACAGGAUGAACUUGUGGGCCGUCGCAACCAUCAUGGCUCCCAACCUGUUCCUGCAUAAGGCCGUCCCAAGCAGACUAACUGAGGGUGGAGAGAAAGGACAGGCGGAGAAGGCGGCGGAUGUUAUGAGGCUCCUCAUCCGCUACCAGGACCUGCUCUGGACGACCCUGAUGCAUGGUGUCGCGUGCGUGUCUCUCAACAGGAACGGCUCGGUGGCGCAUUCCGACUGCGCCCUGUACGAAGUGGGCGGGAAUAUCGGUGAGCACUGCCUAGAUCCAGACACACACCUUCUAGAUUUGUACAACAGCAAUCCUGGAGGAGAGUGGAUCAUCAAAAGGAGACCCAGCGGCAGCAGGGGGCUGUGAUGGAUGGACUGAACGAAAACUCAGUUUCAGACUAAACAUAAAGGCAUCAAGGUCUACGGAAAAAUCAAAUCCACACAGCCAUCACUUCUUCAUGUCCUGUUCAUCCCGUGAGCAACAAGCGAGAGGGAGACAGAUGGAGGAAGCGGGAACGGAUAGAUGGAGAAUCUGCCUGGAGCAGAGCCUAAAAACUGUCUGCGAUCACAUGAACACACACUACACUCUGUCUUUCUCUUCCUGCCUCUCUCCAUCUUCUUCUUUUCCCUUCGCUACAUCAUUUCUCUCCUGCGUUGCAACGCUGAGAGCCUAAAGCUGCCGACGCGACUCAUUACUUCCAACAGAGAACCUGCUGCACAGAAAAGAGGAGAGCGACCGGCUGGACAGUUUGCUUCGCCAUCUUUUCUCUCAAGCAAUCGUAUCCAACCAUGAGCGAGCAGAUGGGGAUGCAGAGCACCUCUGGCUAUAGAGAGCUCACCCCCUCUGUCAGGCCAGCAUCUGCUCCACAAAAGUGUUUUUCUAUCAUGACUUAUCAGGGCUUUGUAAAAAGAUCAAACAUGAUACAAGAGUUUUAUGUGCAUGUUUGAAGAAAAUGUAUUGUCUAAUGCUAAAAGUCAGCGUAAAUAUUUGCCCGCCUGCAUCUCCAGUGAUUAAGCUAUUAUUACAUCAUCAUCUCCAGUGUUACCACUGCUCAGUCACUUGGAUACCCUGGAUAUUCAAGUAUUCAGUGAACAAGGACACAUGUAGCAGGUCAACUUUCAGUCUUAUUAUGAAAUUCUGGAUUUCUCAACUUUUAUCCUAAAAAAAUAGUUGACCAUGAAGUAAUACAUGAGGUGCUCCAUACCUUGAUUUCUUUGUUCACCCACCAGUGUUACUUUACCAUAAAUCAGGAGAAACACAGCUUUUAAAAGCUGAUUUCUUUAUUCUUCUAUCCUGACUUAAGCAGCAAGUUUUCCUAUUUACACAUUUUCUUUACAUCUAGAGCUACUCGUAACCUUGUGUAAACAAAUUUGAACAUAAAACCCUUGGAUCAUUUUUUUUGAAACAAAAAUAAUGAGAAAACAGCAGCAUGAAAGAAGACACUGGGCACUUAAGCUGCUGGAGCAGAAGCUAACCUGGAAACAGACAGUUGAUCCAGAUCGAUCCAGAUCGAUUCUGCAGCUUUGAUGACUUAAGUAAACAAAGACGGAGGUUUGUCGGUGUCAACUCCCUUCUUCACCUGUGCCAUUCAAUGAGGGAAAGAGACCCUGAUGAACUGAUAUCCCUUUAUCUGUGAAACCCUGCGAUCUCCUGGGCAUUAAAAUUAAAGAAAAAUCCUCAGACUUCCUGAGCUGCACAGAGCAGCGCUCAAAGAGACUCUCUUGGACACCACGAGAUUUGGUGUUGCGACCUCAAGGACAGUGACUGUACCGCUAAAGGGAGUUGUAAAGGACACACAGUGAAGCUGGUCUUCUCGUCUUUUUUUAAAAAAAACACACGAAUGAAGGCGAAAAUGAGCAAAGUGACUCAAGGGGUGUACCGGGAUUAUUAUUAUUAUUAUUAUUAUUAUUAUUAUUAUUAUUGUUAUUAUUUAUAUGAAUGUAAUACCGUUGUUGCUUCUUAUUCAGUGAGUAUUGUGUAGGAUAGCGAGACUCAGUGUAACAGUAUGAUGUGUUAAGCUGCCCAUACUCGGUGUGGGAGUUUGCAGUGUUUGUGCUCAUAAUUGUUCGUAUGCUGGCAUUUUUUUAAUGGAUCUCUUUACAUCUGUUAGUAGGAGAAGUUGUAUAAAUAUGGCUCGUUCAUACACACUUUAAGGAUAACUCUCUGCAGUAGGACUGUUUGUUGUGAGGCUACUCGAAGCUUUUUCCCAACGCAGUCGAGCAGCAGAUGAAUGUAUUUAAUAUUUUGUACCGAUCGCCAGAUGCGAAUCGUUUGCUCCUCGCAGACGGAGCCAUGUUGGUGCGCCGCGGCCAUUUUGUGGGAAGCGUU